CUAGGACGACUCGCAAUUCAAGCGGAGAACACAAGGACUAUAUAAAUUCGUAGAGGCUGAGUGCGCUGGCAGUCCGCGCACUAACCGUACGAUGUGCAUAGACCUGCAAUUAAAAAAAAAAGUACGUUGACAGUUUCAAUCGCGCGGGAAAUUUGACGUGUAGUGAUCGUUCGAUUUUUACAAUAGUUAUUGACUGUGAUUGUGUGAUUUUUGUUUUAUUUUUUUUCGUUACGUGUGAUUUUUUGACUGAAUUAAACAAUGGGCUCCCUGCCUCGGGUCUCAGUGGUGAACGGCGCCCGCACGCCGGUGCCUGCCGCCCCACUACCACAGCACCUCUCACACCUGGCCACCAGUGAUAACACCGCCCUGGUGUAUUCAGAUGAGACUUGCAGUGUUCGAGUGAGUUAUGCAGAAUUGGAAGCUCGCACUAACGCCCUUGCCAGAGCCAUAACAUCACGCGCUGCACCUAAGGGAGCUAACAGAGAUGGAGAUUACGUCAUCGCUGUGUGUAUGCAGCCUACACACAAUACCAUCACCACCUUGCUGGCGACUUGGAAGGCUGGCGCUGCAUACGUGCCGAUGGAGCCGAGCUUCCCUCAAGCUAGGAUCUCACAUAUCUUGAAAGAUGCUGAACCAGCCCUUGUUAUUUAUGAUGAGACAGCCAAUCCAGCCAUGUUUUCUGAAAGUGGCAUCCCAACAGUGUCAUUCGAGGAGUUGUCACAUAAAGCUAGUGGACUAUCAGCUGAGGCUGUCCAAGAUGUGGAGGUACUGGCUCCAGCGAGGAGUGAGAGCAUCGCCAUCGUACUGUAUACUUCUGGCAGUACUGGUAUACCGAAAGGUGUUCGUCUCUCCUACUCAGCAGUUUGUAACCGUCUCUGGUGGCAGUUCCAAACCUUCCCGUACACUGACUCUGAAGUACAUUGCGUCUGGAAGACUGCUCUGACCUUCGUGGACUCUGUCUGUGAGAUCUGGGGACCUCUACUGCACGGCAGGACCUUGGUCAUCCUGUCCCGAGAGACCACUAGGGAUCCUCAGAAACUGGUCAACGUUUUAGCUGAUAACCAGAUCCAACGUCUAGUGCUGGUACCAACUCUUCUUCGAUCUAUCCUCAUGUAUCUUUCCUUGAAACCUUCCGAGAGACCUCUCCAACACCUCAAACUCUGGGUAUGCUCUGGAGAGACCCUGAGCAAGGACCUGGCUGCACAAUUCUUCAAGAACUUCGGUGACCAUAAUGGGUAUAAACUGGCGAACUUCUACGGCAGUACUGAAGUGAUGGGAGAUGUUACUUACUAUGUGUUGGAGAAUGCUCGUCAGCUUGAUAUCCAUUCUACUAUUCCUAUUGGAACUCCACUGAACAAUUGUGCCGUGUACCUUCUGGAUGAGGAGAUGAACCCGGCUCAUGAGUCGGAGCCUGGCGAGGUCUGGGUGGCUGGACGGAACCUGGCGGAGGGCUACGUCGGAGGACAGGGAGCUGACAAGUUCAUUGAUAACCCUCAUGCUGCUCAUCCAGACUUCGCUCGUCUGUAUCGUACUGGUGAUUUCGGCGUGCUUCAGAAGGGAGUGAUCCUGUACGCUGGUCGCACUGACUCACAGAUCAAGAUCAGAGGACACAGGGUCGACCUGCACGAGGUGGACCGAGCUGUCGCUGGAGUCGACGGCGUUGAGAAAUGUGUAGUGCUAUGCUACGGUCUAGAUCGUGGUAACCCUGAGAUCCUGGCCUUCGUCGCCAUCAAGCCUGAAGCCAGGAUCGCUGCUCAGCAUAUUGAGGCUGCCCUCAAGAACAGCCUCACACAUUACAUGAUUCCUCAGGUGAUUGAAGUAGAGAGCAUACCGUUGCUGGUGAACGGAAAAGUGGACCGACAGGCACUACUCAAGAUGUAUGAAAACACCAAUAAUAAUGAUGAUUCAGAAAUACCCCUAGAACUGGACUACUCGUCUGUUUCUCCAUCGGACAUGCAAGCUGCUAAGGUUCUGUUCGAGACGGUGGGCGAGGUGCUGGGCCGGGCUGUCCGCGGAGCCAUCGGCGUCCGGGCCGGCUUCUACGAGCUGGGAGGAAACUCACUCAACUCUAUUUAUACCAUCACCAGGUUGAGAGACAAGGGAUAUUAUAUUGAUAUCAGCGACUUCCUCGGUGCGUCGAACCUGGGCGAGGUACUGUCCCACCUGGCCACCAGUCCGCAGCAGGACGACGACGACAAGGAGCUGUUCUCUGCUGAACCACUCGCUGACGAACAUAAACAGGAGGUUAUAGAGUAA